GUUGAAGAGACCGCCGAGUACCUGGGUCAUGUCCUAUAAGAGAUAGGUCGUGACUGGUGUGUGUCAUACCGUCCUUCUCAAAGUACGUCAAGAUGAGUUCGACAUUUGCUGAGGCUACCAAUCUGAGAGCUAUUUUUGUUGCUGUUGAUGAGAAUGUUGCCAACAUCUAUCUCAAUGGAUCUGCAUCUUUGGAGGAGGUUAACUUACGGGAAAUUUUCGAGAAAGGAGUUAGCGAAUGUCAUAUCUAUAAAAGUGUAGGCGAACUGCAACAAUUAACGCUCCCGUUGAAGAAAAGAAGGAUGCCAGAACCCGUUGUCUCUGCAGAAAAAAGGAGAAGGAUGGAAGAACCCGUCGCCUCAACCUCAGGGGUAACGCCGUUGACUGUGAGCGAUGCAGAUACCCGGGAAGUACCUGCGCCAUUACAACCGCGUGCUUUCCUGCCUGAAUUAAGCCCCACCUCACCUGCGUAUUACCCUGGGAGGAUGCAAAGACCGGCAUUGUCGACAUUGAAUUGGAAAUAG